GUUUGGUGAGGAAAAUCGAGAGAGAAGAUGUGUGUCGUCCAAAAUUCAAAGUGAUGAUGACGUUUUUGUUGUGCGGCAGCGAUUGGUCGCCACGCGUCAUACCUUCAUAAUAAGAUCAAUUAAAUUUGCAUUUAUUAAAUCUCUCUUUCUUGUAGUAUCAGUCUAUGACCAGCUAUGAUCUGAAAAAAUAAAAUAAAAAAAGCGUUUUCUCUUCUUCUUAAAGCUUUCACAGUUACUUUAUAAUCCGUCUGGAGUAGUAGUAACCCUAACUCGCUGGAUUAUACUUUAAAUCAUGGCCGUCGAUUCAACUGACCGGCGUGAAGUCAUCCUCAAAAUCAACGAUCCUGAGCACAACGGAACCAACAACAACAACAACAACAAUGGAGUCUCCGGCGGAGAGACGGCGGGGAAGAUAUGGAGAGACGGAAGUUACGAUUUCUGGACCGACGGCCAGGGAAACCUCCACAAAGGCAUUAACCCCGACGGCGAGAGAUCCUCCGCCGCGGCGUCCGAGGAAGGUAAAGGAGACGAUACCGAGCCGUUCGAGUUCCGGCGCGGCGAGGAUCCUCCGACGAAGCUGAUCGGUCAGUUCCUCCACAGACAGCAGGCCUCCGGCGAGAUUUGCCUCGACAUGGACCUGAGCAUGGAGGAGCUCCAGUCCAAAGGCCUCACUCCCGUCUCCGAGUCUCCGGCGUCUUCCGCGAGAGCUAAUGACGCCGCCGCCGCGGCGGGGGGAAGACGAGACAGCCGCGACGGAGGAGGAGGAGAAGGCGUCGUGAAGUGCAGCGGAGCCGCCGCUGCUCCUCCGAGAAACUCGACGAACUUGCUCAAGAUGAGGACUAGGUCGCGACUCUCCGAUCCGCCGACGCCGAAGCCGCCGUUACCUCCUCCUCAGUCGGGGAGGAUUCCUAAGUCGGGGCAGAUGAAAUCAGGUUUCUUCGGGAGAAGCCCUAGAACUCAAGGAGGAGGGGAGGAGGAGGAAGACGAUCCCUUCGCUGAAGAGGAUCUCCCAGAAGAGUAUAGGAAGGAUAAGCUCAGCUUGUGGAUCGUGUUGGAGUGGCUGAGUCUGAUUCUGAUCAUAGCUGCUCUCGUCUGCACGCUUUCAAUACGUUUCUUGCGUGACAAGGUAAUCUGGGAUCUGAAUCUCUGGAAGUGGGAGACGAUGGUGUUGGUGUUGAUAUGUGGGAGGUUGGUCUCGAGCUGGAUUGUGAAGAUUGUUGUCUUCUUUGUCGAGAGAAACUUCCUUCUGAGGAAGAGAGUUUUGUAUUUUGUUUAUGGAGUGAGGAAGGCUGUGCAGAACUGCUUGUGGUUAGGGCUUGUGUUGCUCGCGUGGCAUUUCUUGUUCGAUGAGAAAGUUGCUAAAGCGACGAAGACCAAGGCGCUUCGUAAAGUGACUAAGGUCAUUGUUUGUUUGCUGGUUGGGUUCUUGUUGUGGCUUGUGAAGACGUUGCUGGUCAAAGUUCUCGCUUCUUCGUUUCAUAUGAGUACAUACUUCGAUAGGAUACAGGAGUCUUUGUUUACUCAGUACGUGAUUGAGACGUUGUCUGGUCCUCCUUUGAUUGAGAUUCAGAGGAACGAGGAGGAGGAAGAGAGGAUCAGUGUUGAGGUUAAGAAGUUUCAGAACCCUGGCGGUGGUGUUGAGGUCGCGUCGGGGACUCAGAAGAGUCCGGUUGAGAAAAGCCCGUUGCUGCUCUCUCGUGUUCUGUCUGAUGGAGGAGGAGGAGGAGGAGAUAAGAAAGGGAUUACGAUUGAUAGCUUGCAUAAGAUGAAUACUAAGAAUGUUUCCGCGUGGAAGAUGAAGAGGCUGAUGAAUAUAAUCCGGCAUGGAUCGUUGACCACUCUAGAUGAACAGCUACAAGAUCCGAACUUGGAGGAUGAUAAGGGAAACCAAAUCAGGAGUGAGUUCGAGGCUAAGCUCGCUGCAAGAAAGAUCUUUCACAAUGUAGCCAAGCCUGGAUCAAAGUUCAUCUACCUGAAGGACAUAUCACGGUUUCUGCCAGAAGACGAAGCUUUGAAGACUUUAAAUCUCUUUGAAGGAGCAACUGAGACAAACCGAAUCAGCAAAUCAUCUCUCAAAAACUGGGUGGUGAAUGCUUUCAGGGAGAGAAGAGCGCUUGCGUUGACCCUAAACGACACAAAAACAGCAGUGAACAGGCUUCACAAGAUGGUGAACAUCGUAGUUGGGAUCAUCAUAAUCAUUAUCUGGCUUAUCAUUCUUGGAAUCACUUCCACCAAGUUCCUCGUGGUUAUGAGCUCGCAAAUCGUGGUUGUCGCAUUCAUAUUUGGAAACAUGUGCAAGAUAGUAUUCGAAUCUAUCAUCUACUUGUUUGUGAUACACCCCUUUGAUGUAGGCGAUAGGUGUGAGAUCGACGGCAUCCAGAUGGUUGUGGAAGAGAUGAACAUACUGACAACUGUGUUCUUGAGGUUUGAUAACCAGAAAGUUGUGUACCCGAACAGUCUCCUCUGGACUAAAUCUAUUGGCAACUACUACCGUAGUCCCGAUAUGGGAGAUGGAAUCGAAUUCUCCAUCCACAUCACCACUCCAGCUGAGAAAAUCAUGCUCAUCAAGCAGAGAAUCACAAGUUACAUUGAGGGGAAGAAGGACCAUUGGUAUCCAGCGCCAAUGAUAGUAUUCAAAGAUAUGGAGUCACUAAACAGUGUGAGGAUUGCGGUUUGGCCAACGCAUAGAAUGAACCAUCAAGACAUGGGAGAGAAAUGGGCUCGUAGAUCUCAACUUGUUGAAGAGAUAGCCAAGAUUUGCAGAGAGCUUGACAUUGAGUAUAGGUUGUAUCCUCUUGACAUCAAUGUCAGAACUUUGCCCACUCCUACUACCGGGUUGCCUGUUUUCGACCGUCUUCCACCUCACUGGACUGCUCCUGGUUCCAGCAGCAAAUGAGAGUAUAUAGAAUGAAACAAAUUUUAUAUAGUUUUGGACCGUGUUUUCUCAUUUUAUUUCUUCUUUGUAAUACGAGAUUUAGAAUUUAGCAACUGAUCUACUCCACUUUCCAUGUGA